UCACCGGUCCUUCCGGGUAUAGUAGUAGUUACCCAGUACCGAUGUUCUAGGUGUCAUCAGACCUCCGUGUGGUCCUCAGGUGAGCGCCAUGUCCAGCCUCCAGAGACCGGCUCCUCCCGCACAGAAUGUCACCCUCAGCCUGGAGCAGGUGAAAGACGCAUUAGGGGAUGUGCUGGACGCCCUGCAAUCUCCCACCGGAGCCGCUCGCCUGGAGGAGGCCAGAGAGAAUUCUGGGAACGACCUGGGGAAAGUGCUGCAGCUCCUACUCCCCGCAGCCGUGCAGAUCCAGCAGGAGGUGCUGCAGAACUACGGAUUCAGCCCUGAUGGGGAGGGUGUCCUCCGAUUUGCUCGUCUGGUGAAAUCCUUUGAGUCCCAGGACCAGGAGAUCGCUGCCAUGUCUAACAAGCUGAAAUCAUUCUUCCUCCCUCCCCUGCCCCUGCCACCUCAUACCGGGCUGCCCAUCUCCUCAUCCUAGGGCUGUCCCUCCACCCCGGGCUGUGGCCUACUCACUACAUACAGGACUGUGCCGUCAGAUUUUGCUCCACUGUUAUGUGCAAUUAAAUGUUUUUUUUUCUGUUUUGUUUUUA